UGAGUUGCAGUAGUUUGACAAAGAAAAUUUUAAAAUGACAAAUAUCUCAAUUAAUAUUUUGCCUUCAGAAUGGAAUGUAUACAAUAACAGGAAAAUGCUGUAAUAUAGUUCAUCAUCUUAACCUCAAAUUAAUUGAGUGCCUACAUAUAAUAUUUCAAACUUCAAAAGAUAUCACAAUACACAAUUUAAAUUUAUAGUAUACAGCAAGAGCAUCUAAAAUAAUUAACAUUCAUAUAAAUGUAGCAUAUGUGAUCCUUUAGUCAUCACUUCAUAAUUGUUCUUCAUAAUUCACAGUUGUCUAAACAUAAUUCAGCUGGAUGUAAUUGCAUUGCAAGCUAAACUGAUGUGCUCUGACGCUCUGGAUGCCCUGCACAUGGACAGGGUGACAAGUGACAAAAGAUAGCUUUAUUUUGCUAUUUAAAAAAUUACAAUUUAAAAUGUAACCCUUUUUAAAUCAUCUCUUCUUUGGCAUAUUGUGUGAUGAGUUUGCUUAAUAUGAUGUGAUAAAUCACAUGACAAUCACAUGAUCUGCUGUGUUUGUUCAAUUCAAUUUUAUUUAUAUAGCGCCUCACAAUGUGGAUUGUUCCAAAGCAGCUUUACAGGAGGAAAACACAGAAAAUGUAAAACACAGCACAGUGCAUAGUGUUUAGAACAAGCAAGAUCAUUCUAGUAUAUAAUAUCAAAUAAAUGCAGUCUCCCGGUGAGCAAGCCAGCCAACAAUGCGCUAUGGGGAGGAAGUUUGUUUGUGGGUUGGAGUAUGUAUAGAUUAGUAUUCAGACAGAAGUUUAGUUCGCUUUGAAUGAAAGACACUGAAUGAGAUACAUUCUGGAAAUGUCUCUGGCUAUCAUUUUGUUUUUAUUCACUGCUGAUCUCUGCGACCUUGUUUCAAGUGCAGGUUAGUGUGUUAGUGUUUUGAUCAGUUUUUGCAUGGAUUUACAGUUGCACUCAUCUCCGUUUCUGUUUAUUGCUAGUUACUGUAUGUAAGAUGAAAUGUGAGACAUGUUGUCUGUUAGACUAAUAGAUGGCACUUGUGCAUCUAACAAUCUACUUAGUAAGUCAGAAGAUACAGUCUUAAGGGUAAGGGUAUGUUCUGGAGAUGUUUAGUAAUGAUAGUGUGUGCUACUGUGUAUUCAAUUGUAAAAAUCCCAACUGUUUUCUACAUGUUUUUAGAUGAACACAGAUAUAGUACAACGGCAAGUAUUGUAUUACUAUUUUGAAACGGGAGAUUUAACAGUACAAAAAGACUACAGUCUACGAAAGUACUAUGAUUCCAAUGCAUCUAUGUGCACAUUGUAUAGAAGAUUUCAUGUCCGUGUAGGUGUAAUUUUUUUCAAAUACUGUACGCUUUCAGUCAGGAGAAUAUGAGUGCCAGUGGACCAUAUGAGGUCAUGAAUCUUCAUCGUAAGACAUAAGAUUCAGACCAACACUGUUAUUCAAAAACAUUAUAUUGAAUGGUCUAGUUGACACUCUGUAAAAAAGAAUUAACACCGUAAUUUAGUUUGUUCUCAGCUGUAAAUUUAUAUCUUUUUUUUGUUUACUUAUGUUUGUAUUUGCCUGCUUUUGCUGGUUAUGGUACAGUCAGAUUUAACCAGUACAGAUUCUCAACCCAAGUUUUUCCCAGACAUGAAAAUAUCCAAAUGAGGUAAGCCCUUGAAAUAAUAAUUAGAGCUAUAUUCAUGAAAACCUUUUAUACAGUCACUAUUGUGACUUGUGAGAUUAAAUGGGUUGAAGUUGUCACAUCAUACCCAGUAUUACCCAUCAAACAUAGAACAUUCUUGGAACCAAAAAUUGUAUGUUAGUUUUUUUAUGAAAAUUGCUGAGACUGUAAAUAAAAAUGCAUUUCAUAUCAAGCGUUCUUUGUAAAAUGUUGUGAGUAUUCACAAGUAUUUAUUUUCACUAAAAAGAAAACAGACUGUAUUAGAAAUUAUAUAAACCACAUGUUUAUUGCAUAAAUUGACAAAACUUGAGUUCUCAGACAAGUGAGAAACUGCUAACCAAAUCCGCUACUGAACCAUUAUGUGUUGUAUAACUGUACUGAUAAUUAGUUUACAGUUUUUUUAUGUCAGGUUUGAUCUGUGAGAAAUGAUGCUCCAAACAGCGCUGGGAGAAUCAAAUUAGUGACUCAGAGUCAAGAAUGUUACUCAGAUGGUUCUCAGAUUUCUUGAGGAAACAAGCAUGUUUCAAUAGAACUUGCACGUGUACAGUUAUAGGACAAUAUACACUAAUCGGUCGUAAUAACCCAGACACAUUUGUCCUUAAAGAAAUAGGGGAUAUCAAAAUAAAUAAUCAGCAGAUAUAAUGCAGAUCGUCCCCUUACAUCUCCUGAUUCUCCUUAUCUCAAGGAUCCUCAAUGAUUCUUUCGCUACUACUGCGGAAUAGCCACAUACAUAUACACAUCAGAUGAUUUUCAACAUGAACCAUCCAAACAGUUUGUCCCCCCUUCUCUAGGGCUAUCUAAACAUCAACAAGAAUCAAGAAGAUAUUUUAAAGUAACCAUCACUGUAUUGAAUGUGGCCCUUAAUAGUGAGAUUAGCAGUGGUUGACAGUGUUUUCAUAAUCUGAUCUCCUCCGUGCUUUCAUGUACUGUGUAUUCAGAAUGGGACCUGUCUAACGUAUGUGAUGCCAUGAUAUUUUUUCAUAGCUUAGACAUGCAGGAAGGCGUCAGCAGCUUUAAGACAAGACAGCAUAGCCUACCACCUGCAUCUAAGGUUUUGGGGCUGGAAUGCCACUGGAGUACUGUAUAGUGACCCAUAUGUGGGUCACUAUACCCACAAAAAAGCCAGCAUUUAUACGAGCGUGCCGCAAGCCCCGUGGGCACAUAGAAGGUUUAUUGUAGUCUGGAAGGCCCAGUGUAUUUGCUUUACAGUCUUUGGUGGAGGAAAUGGAUUCUUUCUGCAGAGAGGCAUGGCUCCCCUUUCAGCACGUGAUCCAGAUAAAUGAGAUAAAAUGAGAGCCAAACGAGCAAUAAUAUUUUACAUUACAUUGAAUAAAUUAUAAUACAAGAUUAAAUGCUUUAACGGAAAUACUAAUAGUUGAUGUCCGCUAGUAAGAAUCCACCACAGCAGAUGGCGCUGUCGAGCAGGUCUGACCUGGAAAGUGAACGGCGAACAACACGACAUUACUAAAGAAAAACUACGCUGAUUAUAACAGUACUUAAGUUAAAAACGGCAAACUUUAACCAGUAUUGCAUUACCGAUUACAUCGUAAGAACGUCGAUAAAAAUGAGAAAAAUAAUCAUCGGAAUUGGUGGAAUGACAAAUGGAGGAAAAACCACUCUGAGUAAAAACCUACAGGAAGUUUUGCCUAACAGCUGUGUUAUUUCUCAAGACAUCUUCUUCAAGGAUGACUCUAUGGUCCCUGUGGAUAGCAAUGGCUUUAAGCAGUAUGACACUCUGGAUGCCCUGCACAUGGACAGGAUGAUGAGUGACAUUGAAUCAUGGCAGAAGGAUCCUGAGAGCUUCAUGUCAUCUCGUGGUCUCAGAGUGACAUCUACAGGAUCGCAACAACCCAGUGUGUUUGCUCUCAUAGUGGAAGGAUUCCUCAUUUUUAAUCAUGGGCCUCUUAAUAUCUUAUUUGACAAAAGGUUUUUCCUGCAGAUUCCCUAUGGGCCAUGCAAAGAGAGAAGAAGCUCAAGAACCUAUGUGCCUCCAGAUCCGCCGGGCUAUUUUGAUGGGCAUGUUUGGCCCAUGUACCUGAAGAACAGAAAAGAGAUGGAAGAUGCUGUAAAUGACAUAGUGUUUCUGGAUGGUACACAGAAGCAAGAGGAGCUGCACUCCUGCGUUCUUGCAGACAUGCAGGAAAUACUAAUAGUUUCGCAGAGCUGAGUUCACUAUUUAAAUGUAGAAAAAGUGAAGUUCUCAGAUUGAGUGUGGACCACUAUUCCAAACUUCCUGUCACAACAAAAACACCAUGACUAUAAUGUAUUAUUAAUGCAUUAUACAUGAAUGCCUCAUUUUAUCUUUAUAUUGUAAUGCUUUUUGCCAUAAGCUAUGUGACUGCCAUGUGAGUAUGCAUAACAACACAAGCAUUAACUGUGCUCUCGAUAAGCAUAGCAUGGUGUGUGGUGUUAAUAAUGCUAUGGAAAUUUCCAGUUUCUCUGCAAACUCAUACACAGACUCAUUCAUUAUUUAAAGAAAUAGUUCACCUUCAAAAUGAAAGUUCUGUCCUCAUUUACUCACCCUGUUGGUAUUUACUUUCAUUUCAAACCUGUAUGACUUUCUUUCUUCUGCA